AUCCAAGACUUUCCAUUUCUCCAAACCAAACCAGAGAUAUUAAUAAUAAACAAAAGGAGGAAAUUAUAACAUCGGCCAGAAGUCCAAGAUUCAUUCAUUCUUGCCCCUGAAUUCUAAUGGCUCAGAAGGUUGUGCUGAAGAUCUUGACUAUGACUGAUGAGAAAACAAAACAGAGAGCCAUAGAAGCAGCUGCAGAUAUUCUUGGUGUGGAUUCAAUAGCUGCUGAUCUGAGUAACCAAAAGUUAACAGUGAUUGGUGAAAUGGAUGCUGUUGCUGUUGUGAAGAAAUUGAAGAAAGUUGGUAAAGUUGAUAUAUUGUCAGUUGGGCCAGCAAAAGAAGAUAAAAAGGAAGAAAAAAAGGAAGAGAAAAAAGAAGAAAACAAAGAGGAGAAGAAAGAAGAGAAGAAGGAAGAAGAAAAGAAACAUUAA